GGAUGGACGAAGGAGUGAGGGGAGCAGGCGGAGGCUGUGCAGCUCAAUCGCAAUGCAACCUUGAGGCGAGAUCAGCGAGCGGGGGAAGGGGAACGAGGUUGCCAUGAGGGAUAGACUUUGGUACGAGCUUUCCGCCAGCCUAGCGCGUUGAUAAUGGCCUCGGCGGCUUCGCCGGUCCCGGCGGCGCUGCCCCCUUUCCAGUUCCGACCCCGGCACAACAGCCCGGACUGGCGGCGCCUAAGCGCUGUGGACGUGGAACGGGUGGCGGCCGAGCUGGACGUGGCGGUGCUGCAGGAGCACCUAGGGCACGUCACAUUCUGCAACGCCGAGCGGGAGCGCUGCCCGCACUGCCAGGCCCCCGUCGACGCGCUCCUCCUCAAGCUCUUGCGCCUGGCGCAGCUCUGCCUUGAGUACUUGCUCCACUCCCAGGACUACCUCAGCGCCCAGCUCCGCGCCAACCAAGAGCUCCUCCGAGCCGCCGACGCCCACCGCGACCUGCUCGCCAAGGAUGUCGCCCGCGGAGCCCAGGAGGUUCUGCUGCUCAAGGAGGAGUGCAAACGCCGCAAGAAGAUGAUCAGCACCCAGCAGAUGAUGCUCCAGGCUGGGACCGCCUGCCACCAGUGUCAAUUUUGUGACAAAGCUUUUAUGAACUAUUCCUUCCUGCACAGUCAUCUGCAGCGUCGCCAUGCACUAGAACCACAUAUUGAUCAGAAGCAAAAAGCACAGACGGAUAAGUUGCAGGAAGAGAUCAACAAGCUCAAGGAACAGUUACAGCUUACCCGGUCUCAAUUAGAAGCUGAGCAACACACUCAUGUAGCCAAAUUGUCUAAGGAGCAUGAAGAACAGAGAUCCAAGGAGGAGGAGAUUCGGCAGCUAUUUCACAAAUGGAAAGAAGAAGAAAAAGACAAAUUGGCCAGUGAACUGGAGAAGGUGAAAGAGAUGUUUAUGAAGGAAUUUAGAGAGCUAACUGCAAAGAAUACAGAAUUAGAAAAUCAGCACAUUGGAACCAUUCUUCAAAAGAUCAUGAGAGAUUUCACAUUCUGCAGUGGGCACCAGGACACCACCAAGUGGCAACUAUUAGAAGUCAAGAUGUCCAGUAAUCAUCUGAAAUCUAAUUUAGGUACAUUAAAAGAUAUCUAUGAAUUUACAGAAGAGAAACAUCAGAGUGCUAUAGAUCAGCAGGAGAAAAUGCAGAUUUUUGAAAAACAGGACACUGAGUGGAGAUCUAAAGUACAAGCUCUUAAAGAAGAACAUGAAAAUGAAAAACGCCAGCUUACGUCGCAAGUUGAGAAGUACAAAACGUGUAGUGAGACUGUGAAUGCAAACAACAUCUUUUAUAAGAAGAGAAUAGAAGAGCUAGGACAGAGGCUUCAAGAGCAGCAAGAUCUUAUCACUACACAGAAGCACCAGAUAGAGAAACUGGCUACAAAAAAAUCAGUAGAAAGCAUCAGAUUGUCUGAUGUGAAAGCUUCAGCACAGAACGUUGUUCAGCCUAAAUCAAGUGUAUCAUCCACACGUGAACAGGCUCUUUUGGUGCACAUGCUGGAGCCCAUAGAGGAGCUUCCAGAGGAUGAAAAAGAAACAGAGAAACGUGAGCCCAAAGCAGGGAAGAAUAAGCACCAUCCAAUACAUUCUUUGAAGAGCAAUUCUUCUUUGACAAGGGAGCUGAGGGUUGUUCUGGAGCAGGCCCUGGCAGAGAAGUUGGAGUCCUUGGGAAUUAAAUCAGGAGUUCAUGGUAUCCCAAGUGAUCAUUUCAGCAGGGUCUUAACAUCUGUUGCAUCUGCUAGAGAAGAGAGAAUGAAACAAAUUCCAGACAUUCAACAUAUUCGAGAGCAACUCGAGCAGCAAGUCAGCUUUAGAGUUUUAGAAAGAGCUUCUUGCAGCAGACUUCUUUCCAGCCUUCAUCUUUCUCCAGAAGCUAAGCAAAGGGAAGCUCACUUGGGAGGUUCACUCUCAACAGUGUUACACAAACCAGCAAAACGUUCUUCAGUUGCCAAACGCCCAUCCGUACAAAGACCAAUCACCUCUGAAAACACAUCUACACCAAAAAGCAAGAAAAGUGUUUUGGGAGUUGGAAUUCCUAGAAAGCCACAUAGUAUUACAACCUCACCAUUUAGCUCAGAGGAGGAAGUGGAAGAUGAUGACAUCAUGCAGUCCUACAUCUCACCAGAAUUAUCUCAGCCUAAAGCAUCCAAGAGCACUAGCAAGGGCAAUUUGUCAAGAUUUGCAAGCCAGAGUGACAUAAACUCAAUGGAAGACCUUGAGGUGGAAGAAUUCAAAGCGAAUCUUAAAUCUUCAAAAAGCACACUUAUCCAAAAAGGGAUUGUCCAAGUGGAAAAACCUCCUCUGAGCCAAGGAAAGGAAAUUAAACCUGCUGGAGAAAUUAAUGUUGGCCCAGCAUCUAUUCAGAAGUGUGCCCAAGGAGUAAAGUUUGUAGGAGUUGAGGAGGAGGAGGAUGACUGGGAUCUGUCAUCCCUAGAAGAUGAAAAACCCAUGCCAGCAAAAGAUGAAAAACUCAUGCCAGCAAAAGGUGAAAAAGUCUUGCUAGGAAAAGAUGAGACAGUUAAGAAUGCAGCUGCCAUUGAAAAGAAGGAUUCAAAUGUUACAUCCAUGGUCCAUGCAUGGGGAACUCCUAUGGGAAAACCAACAAAGGAAGAAGGCCUUCAAGAUGCAGAUUCAAGCAUAAAAAGCAGCUUAGCCACCAUCACAGACUGGAGCGACUCUUCAGAUAUCUGAUUGUUGUCUUUUGAAUGAGGUUUUAUCUGCAAGAAUCUGAUUUCUGUUCAUUUUUUCUUGUGCAUUAACAAGGAACUUUGGUAUACAAAACUCUGGUGUCUUUAGUUUCCCUUUGAUUUAAUACAGGACAGUUUAAAUACUUCUAGCUGGCUCUCCGCUUUGGGGAAAAAGUGUUCAUCAAUAAACAGUAUUAACUGAUUCAGUAUUUUAAAUAAUCUUAAAAAAAUAGGGUAGAUUUUUUUAAAAAAAGAACUCUUC